AGCAACAUUGUAUUCGAAGCAAAGAGAAUUACCAGCAUCGAAGAAACAAUCAUGUCUCCCUACGUGAUCGCCACUAUGCUCGUCGCCGCGAUGGUCUUUACUGGAGUCACACCGGCGCCUGAGUGCCCAGUGAACCAGAUCUGGAAUCCUUGUGGAGCAAUGUGCGAACCAACUUGCAGCAACCGAAAUCCGAACCCUAAAUUUUGCCCAAGAAUACGAUGCACCCAAUAUACUGCUGGCUGCCGUUGUCAGACAUCCUAUUACAAAAAAGACGACGGUUCUUGCGUUCCAUUAGAAGAUUGCUAAUCUCCAGGAUAUCAGUGGAAGCUUCUUUACCUUAUUCACGAGUUAAAAUGUAGAGCUGCAUUAUUAUAUAGUACAUUAAACAUUAUCUAAGCAAG